AUGGCCGAUCGCGUCGGGAUCUCGCGAAACAAUGCCCUCGAUUUGUUGACUCCCCCCUCCUGUCCAGGUCACGCGAUUCGCAUCACCGGGGACCAGAAGCUGCUGGCGGACGAGCGGAGGAGCGCCACGCCGCCCGCGAUGCCAUCCCCAGCGCCGCGCUACACUGCUCCGGGCCCGGCCAGGGCGUUUGCGCCGGUGCCUGCCCCGGCCGCGCGUGAUCGUCUUGGCCAGAUACCCGUGGAGGGCGGUGGCAAGAAGCCCAACAGGCUGAUGCUCAUGAGCCUCCGGAAGACCAGCGGCAUCUACGGCGACUGGCCGGAGCAGUUCUGA